UGCACUAAACUCCAUGUUUUAUAGGUCUCAAAGUUUGUCAGGUUUACUGCCAGGGUGUCACUGAUUGUCAAAGGCUGAGAAGUGUAGUUCCAGCCCUCUCUGCAGUGCUGUGUCAGCUGCCACAUGCUUGACAGCAGCUGCAGUGUCAAAGCCUCUGAAAGAGGAAGCAGCUGCUUUGCUGUUGGGCCAGACGAGCGUUGUGCUGUCGAACCUGCAGCACCUCGGCCACCUUUUGCUGGAGCUCUGUGGGGGAAAAAAGGAGACCACCUGUGUCCCAGCGGGAUGAUCUAAUGUAGUAUCCGAGUGUAAGCCGUGUGCUCAGCCCGGCGGGAGUCUUAAUGCCCAGCUCAGCGUUCAGCCUUGUGCCGCCAGUGAGAGGCAGUCCUCCCCCUCAUUAUCCCCAACCUCCAUCUCUGAAGAUGUCUUCUUCGGUGAUCCCAACGAUGACCAGGACACGUCUUCAGUCGUCAGCGACUAUGACCUUCCCUGCAUGGAGGGGAGCAGCAGUGUAGAAGACCUGCUGGACCUCAGCUUCUCUCUCAGAUGUUCUGAGUACUUUAAGGAUUUGGAGGGAGAUUCUGCUGCCUCUCACAGCCCUGCAGCCGACCCGCGGGAGUCCGAGAACGCAGACAGCCCGGCUGUAAACAAACCUUCAGCCAGCUCUGUGACCACAGGCUUAUCACCGGUCAAUGCACCAUCAUUUCCUUCCUUUCAGCAACCUGCACAAGAACUUCCCUUCAACCUUAAAGUCCCUCACUUCAGUGGGGGUAAUCCCAUCGACAGCGGCCUCUCUGCUGCACAUCCCAGCUUGAAAACGGAUGUAAAUGGACCUCUGGACAUAAAAGAAACAGGACAGAAAAAUCAACCAACAAUGGAUUCAGACGGGGAGCUAGAACUGGACAGCUUCCCCAUCCUGGUCAGAUCCAUGUCGACAUCCCGAAGGCACAGCUGGGGUGUUCCUCUGUCGCCCGUGAACUCUGGCAGGAGACUCAGUCUGGACACCAUGGCCAUAAACAGCGAUGAAGAAAGAGAGGAUGAUGAGGAGCAAAUGCUUUUCCAGUCCACCCAGGAGCAGCCUGACAGCAGCUCCCCGUGUCCUGAAGAGGAGCGCCGUGGCUCCAGCCUGGGGACCGCCUGUGUGGCAGGCAGGCAGCUGUAUUCCCGCUCUGACAUCCUCGCCACAGAUGAUCCUUCACGCGCGGCGCACAUCUCUCGUGUUGUUCAGGUUUCCAAACAGGCCGCCAGGGCAGCGGGAGUGUCAGAGGAGUGUGACCCUGAAGAAAACCUGCAGUCAAGUGAAGGACAGAGUCACAUGCUGAUGGUACAAAGAGUUCUGGAGGAGCUGAGGUUGUAUCAUGGAGCGAAACACAGGAGCAACAAAGCAGACAGCAAAGGUUCAGGAAAUGUCACUUGGUAUGAGUUUCUCUUUAAUGAGAACGAAGAACAGGAGGACCAUCCAGAGAAGACAGAGAAAGGCACUAAGGUGAAGAGGAAACUCAGCUCCCUGAGAAACCGGAUGGCUGGUUCCUUCAACAAAGAUAAGGGUAAGAACCGAGAAAGAGAGCAGCAGAGAGCGAAGGAGAGGGACAGGGAGGUGAAGGAGAAAGAGAAAGUGCGCAGCAGCAACGGGCAUCUGUUGGUGACGGGUGCCUUCUCCAGUUGUGCCACCUGCUCGCUGUGCGGCAAAACCCUGCAGAAAAAGCAUGGCCUGCAGUGCAUGAAUUGUGCCGUAAACGUUCACAAGAACUGCAAGUCUCUGCUGGGUGAGUGCACCAGCAGCAAGGCAAAGAGAGAUUCUGGUCUAAAGGCGGGUUUGUCAGGAUCUCCUCGACCUGCACUAAAAGAUCGGGACAGGGAGAAGGAUCAGGCGGGACCGGGCGCCUCUCAGGCUCUGGAUGGCCACCGUGGUUUUCCCGGUGCCCCAGGCAUGACCGUUGGUCUGUUGGGACCUAGCUCUCAGCUGUCUGCUGUGCCGUACUCUUGCUCCUUUGGCUCCUCUACCUGCAGCCUUGGCCACAGCCUCCAGCAGCACACCAACUCAGGAUCCCUGUCUGGGGAGAUGGAUGAGACCGAUGCUUUCCGGAUCAAACGCUGCAAUGAAGACAUCAUUUCUCUCGCUCCUUCAACCACCGAGUCCAUCUUUGAUGAAGAUGCUCACUAUGCAGCGGUCCGUGCCGACUUGGAGCUGGAUGCUCAGGACCUGGAGGCAGAGUCCUGGAGCUCAGCAGUUGACCAGCAGUAUCUAAAGAAACACUCAAAAGACACCAUUAAGAGGCAGGAUGUGAUAUAUGAGCUGAUGCAGACGGAGAUGCACCAUGUCCGAACACUGAAGAUAAUGCUGCGCGUGUACGUCAGAGAGCUGAGGGACAACCUCCAGAUGGACUCCAGCAGACUGGACUGUUUGUUCCCACGCUUGGAAAACCUCCUUGACCUUCAUGCACAUUUCCUGUCGCGCCUCAAGGAGCGACGAAGAGAAAACCUGGAGUCUCCCAGCAACAAGAACUACAUGAUUAACAGAGUGGCCGACAUCCUGAUCACACAGUUCUCUGGAGAAAUAGGGGAGAAGAUGAAGGACAGUUAUGGAAACUUCUGCAGUCACCACACCGAAGCAGUCGGCUACUACAAGGAUCAGCUGCACAACAACAGACGGUUUCAAAGUACUAUACGGAAAAUCAGCAAUCUGUCCAUCGUGCGACGGUUAGGUGUAACCGAGUGCAUUCUGUUGGUAACGCAGAGGAUUACUAAGUACCCAGUCCUUGUGGAGCGCAUUCUACAGUAUACUGAAGGGGGUACAGAAGAGCAUGAAGACUUGACUCGGGCUCUGGGUCUGAUCAAAGACGCCAUCGUGCAAGUGGACUCAAUGGUUAACCUCUACGAAAAAAACACUCGACUUCGAGACAUUCAAAACAAGAUGGAGCCAAAGGCGCUGGGGAAAAUCAAAGGGGGGCGGGUGUUUCGCAGGGAGGACCUCGCCAUGGGCCGGAGGCGACUGCUUCAUGAGGGCACGGUCAGCUGGAAAGCUGCCUCCGGGAGACUCAAAGAUAUUCUUGCCGUUCUUCUGUCAGAUGUGUUGGUUUUACUGCAAGAAAAGGAUCAAAGAUAUGUAUUUGCUACAGUGGACAACAAACCCUCAGUGGUUUCUCUCCAAAAGCUGAUUGUCAGAGAAGUAGCCCAUGAAGAGAAAGCCAUGUUUCUCAUCUGCGCCUCGUCCAAUGAGCCAGAGAUGUAUGAGGUACACACAACUUCUAAAGAAGAGCGAAACUCCUGGAUAACCGUCAUUCGACAGGCUGUAGAGAGCUGUCCUCACACAGAGGAGAGACUGUUCAGCGAGGAGGAAGAAGCCCGAGCUUCCAGGCUGAAGGAAUUUCAAGAGCGGCUGAGCCAGAAGGAUGCUGUGAUCGUCCAAGCUCUGACCGAGAAGCUGCAGCUGUUUGCGGAAAUGACCGAGUCCGUGUCCGGUCUGGAGGAUGCCGGUUCACGCUCCAGACUGCUGCUUCGAGGAGACACCUCGGACCUCCAGCAGGGGGAGACGUUGCUCAAAGCGGCCAUCACUGAAGUGGAGAACCUACAGAACCUCCUUCAGUCAGAGAAGAGAGAGGAGGCUCAGCCUUUACGUACAGAAGAAGGAGGCGGUCCUGGGCUCCUCCCCAGGCGAGCAGACACCUUUGGCGGUUAUGACUGCAACUCCUCCACUCAAAAUGGCAUCGUGAAGAAGAACUUUCCGGGAGAGUCCAGAAGCAGAGACAGGAGCCAGAGAGCCAGCUCCGACCCUCAGAUCAAAGAGCUCUGCGGGGGCCACACGCUGCAGCAGACGGUGGAGAGUCGGGCUUCUUCUGCUAGAUGGAGCUGGAUGUGGUCAAAGUCCUUCCCAAAGACAGAACUUAUUGGCAGUGUGUUGAUGCUCUCCCAGAGCCUUUAUAGUCUGCAGGCCAUCAUAUCGCAGCAGGACAGUCACAUAGAGCUGCAAAGGGCCUCCCUGACUGAGCGGGCCUCCAUGCCCAGCCGCCACAGGGGCAACGUCCUGCUGGAGCAGGAGAAACAGCGGACCCUGGCUCUGCAGAGAGAGGAGCUCGCCACCCUGCAUAAACUGCAGUCUCAGCACCGACAGGAGCAGCAGCGCUGGGAGAGGGAGAGGGAGAGGCACCGGCAGCAGGUGGAGGCCACCGAGGCCAGGCUGCAGCAGAGAGAGGAGGAGUGCAGGCGGCUGGAGGAACAUCUAGCUAAAGAAAAGGAGGAGCUGGACCGACAGAGGGAGACGUACCAGCAGGAUCUGGAGAGGCUGAGAGAGUCCACCAGAACCGUGGAGAAAGAAAAGGAACGUCUGGAGAACCUGAAGAAGAUCAAGAGAAAGACCAUUGAGGUGGCUCCUCUGAACGGGGAGCUCCUGUCCGGCCUUUCCAGCUCCUCCAUGGACGCGCAGCCCCCCCACAAGCCUUUAGUGCGCGGCAGCCUGUCGGUCGCUCCUGCCGACUACGCGGAGCGGCCCGAGGUGGCGGUGCGGCGGGAGGCCGGCUCGUCCGGCCCCGCCCUGAAGACGGAAGUGCCGCUGCAUCUCUUCAGCACCACCAACCAGCUGCACAAACCGGUGGGGGUGCAGCAGCAGAUCCCCACCAAACUGGCAGCAAUCAACAGCGGCAAAGGCAAAGGAGGCAAGACCGGGAAAGCAACGCACCGCACAGACAGCUCUUCCUCGGUGGACAUGAAGCAGAUGCUUCCUCUGAGACUGUCUGCCCGGGAGGACGGCGUGGUGAAGGCCAAGCGCUCCGUCAGCCCCCACCAGCCUCUCUCCACGCAUCACCACACAGAUCUGCAGGUUCCUCCAGACAGCAGCGGCGUGGACCCCCAGCCCACCUCCUCCCUCAGCUCCUCCUACCCUCCGAACCUGCAGAAGCCCCCCGUGCAUCUGGCACACUCUCAGCCCUCCAUGCACCCUGGCGCCACCGCCGCCGCCGCCGUGACCUCACACAGCUCUGGGUCCCUCCAGUUCCAGCCGUCCGUGCAGCUGCAGAGCUUCAACCCGGUUCCCGGGCUCGGCCACGGCGCCCCCCCACCCUACGCAGGGACCACGGAGGAGCUGAGCAAGGAGGAUGUCAUCUUUUUUUAAGGUGGCGUCGUCUCCUCAGAGGUGACGCAGUUCGGUGCUCCGUUCACGAGCAGACGGACAUUUCUACUCAAACUCUGCUGUUCCACAAACGCCAGUAAUACUAAUUUAUUCACUGAUAAACCGAAGCGCAAUCGACAGUUCUGGGAAAAUAAAAGCACUUUUAGUGUUUGGGAGAAACAAAACCGAAGAACCCAGCAGGACUGAAGGGGAGCAUCAUGGGAAAAAAAGGUUUUUCUGCAGACGGUCAGAGACGCGAAGGAGCUCCGACUGCAGCGUUUCUGCUGAAUCUGGAGCAGGAAUGAAUAUUUCAGCAGAAGGGAUCCAACUAUGCCUAACGUUUCAUUUGCACACGGUGACAGACUCCAUUCCAGAGGGAUGGAGGAACUUCUGCUGGUUCUUCAAAUCCUUUUAAAGACAUGAAGCUACGUCUCUUUUGGUUCCUUAACCAUGAAGUUGAAGGAUUCUUCUUUUUAUAGCAUUUUGUUCUUGACAUGUUUUAUUUCUUUUAUCAAUUGUGACCAAAAUCUAAUGGUGUGCAUAUUUUAAAAGGAUAUUUUUUCACUGGAGACGUUAAAACGAUGAUGACUGUGGUACAGGAGUGAUGAAGAGCUUUGAGUUGGUCUCACCCCCCCCCCCUCCUCCUUGAAGCCAUAAAGCUGUUGAAGCUGCGUUGAUGGUACUUUAUGUCUUUAGGCUCAAAUCCACAACAAAUGAGAAAAAUGAUGAAUGGAUGUUGAUGUGAAAGAGAAGAAAAACUAACAAAGUCACUGGAUUUCUUAUUUAUGGUUAUAAAACAUGAAGGUUUUUAUAGUCUUUCAGAAAAAAAGACCUUUUUAAAUGUAAAAUCAGUUUAAUAAAUGAUGACGUUAACACAUAAACCAUGCUGUUCCUGUAAAAAUGAGCUCUCAGCAUUGAACGGAGCGGCGGCUUCUAGAACCACAGGUCUGCGUCCUCAGGCAGGACGGCGGCACACGUGACGCCAUAUUCCACGGGUUUGUAAAGGAAGCCGUUUGCUGGCGUCACCAGUGGCGUUUGAGGGCGAGAAGCGUGUUCACAGCCGCUCGUGGUCUUGUUGUGGGGGCGGGACGCCGCCUUCAUCCCGACCUGUCGGAUGACUUUAUCCCCCUUUAAAGACCUGAUCACCAUUACAGAUGUUAGACUUUAAGAAUGUCAAUAAUCAAACGUCACAGAUGCUGUUUUUUUUAUUGUAAAGGAGAAGCGUGAGCCGCUCAGACGCCAUCAGCAGAAGCUCCCGCUUUUCUCUUAUGUUUUUUUUUUUGCUGGACUGAAAAGAAAAAGUCUUUUUGCUCUGUGUGUCAUUCAGAAGCCAGCCAGUCAAACCACUGUGUGCACGUCUGUGUGUGUGUGUGUGUGUGUGUGUGUGUGCGUGCGAAGGCAAACAUGGCUCAUCAUUUUUCCUUUCUCGGACGCCGGCACCGCUUGUUGGACCUGUUAAAUGUAAAUAAUCCUGAACGUAUUUUAUUUUCCCAGCCAAUUUUUUUUUUUUUACACUAGUCACUUUGGAUUGUAGCAUACUUGAACAGGAAAAUGAAUGUUAAUAAUAACUAUUUUUAUUUUUUUGUAAACUUUUAGUUGCCAAGACGUGGGAUAUAAUAUCUGUAGCGCACAGCUUAACCCAUUUUGUACAAUUUCUGUUUUGUUCACGGCGCCGUAAUAGAGAGACGUGUAAACGAACUGCUGCCUAAGAAAUAUUUAGUCAUUAAAAAAAGUCUCCUGUCUGAA